GAGUGCGGUCAAAGGUCAGAGUGAGCGGCGGGCACUUCCUUUCCGGCGGGUGGCGGCCAUUGAGCAGCGAGCGGCGGAGCCGAAAUGGGGAAGUUUAUGAAACCUGGGAAGGUGGUUCUUGUGCUAGCUGGACGCUAUGCAGGGCGCAAAGGUGUCAUCGUAAAGAACAUCGAUGAUGGGACCUCUGACAGACCUUAUAGUCAUGCUCUUGUUGCUGGUAUAGAUCGUUACCCGCGUAAGGUCACUGCCAAAAUGGGCAAGAAGAAGGUGGCCAAGAGGUCCAAGAUCAAAUCCUUUGUGAAAGUAUACAACUACAACCACCUGAUGCCAACCAGAUAUUCUGUCGACAUUCCCCUGGAUAAGACCAUUGUGAAUAAGGAUGUUUUCAGGGAUCCUGCUUUGAAGCGUAAAGCCAGGCGGGAAGCCAAAGUAAAAUUUGAAGAAAGGUACAAGACAGGAAAGAAUAAAUGGUUCUUCCAGAAGCUCCGAUUCUAAAUUGUAUUUCAAUAUAAAUAAAUAUUCAUGUAAAA